AUGGGAUCUAUCACAAUUAACAAGGAUCUCUUAAGGGAGCGACAGUCCUGUACUUUUAAUGUUCUUGAACUUACACACUUGUGGGAUGGAGGACCUGAAAAAACGAAGGAGCGAAAAGAAUUGGAGAAAUUCUUCUUAGACGACCCAGAGCUGCAAGAAAAAAUUCCUUCCGAGUACCUAAGUCACAAAGAGAAAUACCAAGAAGCUCUCAGGAGAUCAUGUCUGCUCUUCAAGAAGAUAAAAGAAUGGUCGGAUACGACAGGCUGUGGAAGCCAAAUGGACACUUUCCAAAACAUCCUUGGUGGAAUGUUAGGCAGUGCUAUACUUCCGGACGGAGUUCCUUUCGCUCUAAAUUAUGUGAUGUUCCUACCUACUGUCAUGGGUCAAGGUACCAUGCAGCAGCAAGCAUAUUGGGUGUCUCGAGCAUGGAAUUGUGAAAUUAUGUGCACUUAUGCUCAGACUGAGCUAGGACAUGGAACUUUUAUUCGAGGUUUGGAGACAACCGCCACUUAUGAUCCCAGCACAGAAGAAUUUGUUUUUAAUAGCCCAACUUUAACGUCUUAUAAAUGGUGGCCUGGUGGUUUGGGACAUACGUGUAAUUAUGCUGUUGUUGUUGCACAACUGUAUACCAAAGGACAGUGUCAUGGUAUUCAUCCUUUCAUCGUUCAAUUGAGGGAUGAAGAAACACACAUGCCUUUACCAGGUAUCAAAAUCGGAGAAAUAGGAUCAAAAUUAGGAAUGAAUACAAUUAAUAAUGGUUAUUUAGGUUUCGAAAAUGUACGAAUUCCUCGUGAAAACAUGUUAAUGAAGAAUUCUAAAGUUUUACCUGAUGGAACUUAUGUCAACUCGCCUAGCGAUAAAUUAACAUAUGGUACUAUGAUUUUUGUUCGAGUGGCACUUGUUCGAGGGAUUGCUGCAGCCUACCUCUCAAAAGCGUUGACUAUUGCAACGAGAUAUAGUGCACUACGGAAACAGGGUGAAAUCAAACCAGGUGCUGGGGAAACUCAAAUCUUAGAAUACAGAACACAACAGCACAAACUUUUCCCUCCCAUGGCGAUGUGCUUUGCAAUGAGGUGUUCAGCUGAUUGGUUGUGGGACAUAUACAACUCAGUCACAGCCGAGUUAGAUCGAGGAGACUUGGAGCGAUUGCCCGAACUCCACGCAAUGGCCUGUUGUUUAAAAGCAGUUUGCACGAAGGAUUCAGCAAAAGCAAUAGAAGUUUGUCGUCUAGCUACCGGAGGCCACGGUUACAUGAACUCCAGUAAUUUCCCCUCUACCUAUGGCAUGGUCACUGCUGCUGAAACAUAUGAGGGAGAAAACACAGUCCUACUACUGCAGACCGCAAGAUUCCUUGUGAAAGCAUGGCAACAAGCUCGCAGUGGCGGCAAUCUAACAGAAACCGUAGAGUAUUUAAAGACUAUGCCUUUGCAGCCCUUAUCAUUAUGGGUGAACAGCCUCCAACACCUAGGAAUUGCUUUCAAAAGGGUAGCAGCUGGGAAUAUUGAAACCUGCGCAACUUCCAUUGAAAGAAGAAUUCUAGUAGGUGUAGCCCCUGAGGAUGCUUGGAACGAAGUUUCAAUCCAACUUGCCAAAGCUGCUGAGACACACUGCAGAGCAUUUAUGAUGCAAAUAUUCAUCAAUUUUGCCACUAGUGCGCAAGUGUCUCCAGAGCUCAAGAAGGUCCUGAUCGAACUAUGUGAACUGUAUGGUACAUAUUUUCUUCUUGAUAAUCUUGGCGAUUUCUUCAUGUAUGCGGGACUACGUUCUUCUGAUGUUCCAAGCAUACAAGAGUGGCUGGAAACGUUACUUCACAAGAUACGACCAAACGCUGUGGGAAUCGUGGAUGGUUUUGACAUAUCUGAUGCUGUGCUUAGGUCUGCGCUAGGAGCCUACGACGGCAAUGUUUAUGAGCGGCUUUUUGCGGAAGCAAAUAAAAGUCCUUUGAACGCUGAACCAGUCGAUGAAUCUUUCCACAAGUAUUUGAAACCAUUCCUCAAGUCUAAUUUAUAGACUCAUCCAAUCUCUUGUUCCAGUGAAGCUCAUUGACAUUCACUUAUGCUCCGUUCGUACUGUGCACUGGUUUUACAGUCUUCAGUGAAAAGACUAAAUGCCUUUUUGAAAAAUUUGGAAGAAAGCAUAAAUUUCUCUUUUCUUGUUGGGAGAUCUAUUUUUAGCUUGAAUGAACAGCGGCAGUCAGACAUACUAGGAAGUGAAUACAGAUUAGUGGCUCACCAAGAUAAUGGGAACAGUUUCCAUUUUGCAGAGUACUCUCAAAUUGAAGAGAACAGACUCACAAAGUUUAAUUUAGAUCUCUCUGAAGAAAAUUUAACUCCGGGUGGCUUUUCUCAGAGUAUUAGAGUAUGCUGUAUGACAGAGAUUUUUCAUGUAUUCUUGGCUAACCAUAUUCUUUUUUCUAGUUUGGUUCAUUUUUACAACUUCUUAGAAUUUUGUUUUUGUUUUUUAAAUUUUAUUUUGUUUUACUCUAUUUAUAUACCCCUCCCCUCCCAAAGCAUCAAUGUCCUGCCUUUUUCAGGCGCCAUGCACCUAAUGCUCAGAAAAAUCAGGCUGUGGCGUCUAAAAAUUGGGGAAGCUGGACCAUGAUAGCGCUUAAAAAAGUUUUAGCACUAUGUCAACUAUUCGAACUCGCAAUUUCAUGUGCCAUGAUGCAUAUGAAAAAAGUUAAUUUGGCUCCUGAAAAUUGUAGAUGGCUCCCUACAAGCAGGGCUUUCCUGCCAAGGUGGCUCCAAAAUUUUUAGAGGGAAGGCAGAACACUGCAAACCAUGAACUUACUGGCUUAAGUUUUCUCUUAACGUCUUGCACCAUUAGAUCCAUGAUUUUGCGAUGGUUGUAGGAAGGUUAUUUCCUAUUUUAUUGUUUCCUCAUUGUGGAAAUUAAUUCAAGUCCAUGGGUUUAGCCAUAUUCUAAAGGAAUCAAAAUUUGUAACAGAACAUAUUGAAUGUAAGUUUUCAAUUUUAAAAGACAUGCAGUAACUGUUAAAACCACACGUUGACUGGAAUAGCAUGACAUUUUGAGAUUAUUGCGCUAAAAGCCUCUUUUAAAAAAACUGAGCAACAAAGAAGACAAGAUAAUUUUUUUUUUUUUUUUUUUUUUUUUUUUUUUGGACAUCGAAAUAUUUACUGCAUGGAUUAGGUUUUUUGUAAAAAAAAAAAACUAACUUGGCAAUUCUGAUGUAUUGUUCAGUAUGCAGACAAAAUGAUGGGAUCAAUGAAAAACGAUACCUAUUUGGGUUUAGGUAGGUUUAUGUGUGGAAUGAUUAAAAAAAGUCAAAAUCUAGUGGAGAGCAAUUCAUGAUAUAUCAUAAAGUAGGUACCAAAAAAAGAAUAAUGAAUGGAUUUUGGUGCAAGGGACCUAUUUAAUUUUUUUUUAUCCCGUCAUAGAUUGGUCUCCUUGGAAACUGAUCAACCUGUAUCAUUGUUUUCAGCAUGUUAAAGUCCCUCAUCCUUAGUUAAUCCUAGUUAAAAUUUAUCAACUUUACUUUGUUGAUAAAGAAUUUUUUCGUCAAUUUCAAUACAAGUUUAAAAUAUGCUUUUAUCCCCAUGAGAACUGUAAAAUAAAACUGCAAAGAAUAGAUGUGAGAAAAAUUGAGGCAGCCCCAGCUUCUCGCUGAAUUUGUGUGGGAAUUGCACAAAUUUGAACAGUAUCAUGCUAAAAUGUGGACUGUUACAUUCCAUGCAAGAAGCAACUCCGACGAUUUUAAUGAUUUAGCCCUGAAAGCAUCAAUUCAAUCCUUGGCAUUCCAAAUUUUCUGUCACAGGUUUAUUUGGAAUCGAAAACCAAUCUUUGAAAAUUUUCUUCUGUGCAAGAAGAAUACUCUGAAACUUUCACACCAUUAAGUCAAUUUAUUUUCCUCUUGAAAAAUUUAAUCAAUGUUAAAACGCCGCUAUUGACUCACCAUCAAUUUUUUAAGGCUUGUCCAUUAAGUCAAUUCGUUUAAACUUUCCAAUUUUAGAAUCGUUGUUUUAUCAAUUGUAAUUUUUUGUGUGUAUAAUUAUCUAGAUUUAAUUGAAGCCCUGGGUAGUUCUCGCCUCAUUUCAGCCUGCUAUGUUAGUAUUGCAAAAUUUAGUCUAGUAAAGUCCAUGCUAAAUAAGUUUACGCACUUUUAGUGCUUGACAGGAGAUCCACCAUCUUAAUUAUUGUGUUUACUUUCAAUACUAAACUGAAGACAGCUGUUCUUCUGUCCCACUGUAAAAAUGUGCAACUUUAUUUUGCAUGGACUCUAUUUUACAGUAGGUUCAGCGGCGAUUCUUGAAAGUUGACAACUCUGUUUUUCCUCUAUUUAAAUUGCUCUAAAACAAUCUGUUCUUGGUGAGGCAGCUUGCCUCACACAAAAUCGACAUUUUUUAUGGAUUUAAAGGGAAGGGAAACAGUAUUGCCACUUGCAAAAUCGCCUCUCAGAAGGUUUGAAACCAGUGUGAGAUGAGUUCCAUUGGCCAAAGUUCAUCAUGUGAUUUAAAGGCUCCCCACUGCAUUUAAAUUCUGUUUCAAAAGUUACCCGUUAUUUUCGAAAAUCAAAUAAUUCUUGUCUGUUGUAUAGAUAUCUUUUGUUGUGGGAGAAUAUAAAAAAAUGUGCAUACAGCCCUCUCUUUUCAAUCCAAAGACUGAAUAAAAAAUUGGCAAAUGUUGCUUUUUUUCUUAUCAAUUACCAGUUAAUGUGAAUAUGUUACGGAGUUAAAAAUCAAAAUGUAUGUUUCUGUUACCUCUUAAAUUCAAUCAUUUUCUUUUUUCGUUUGUUAACUACCAUCUAUACAGGUAUCGUGCAAUAAAUCAAUCUUUUUCCCUCUUUCUUUUGGUAAUCGGGAGAAAUUUCUUUUUAGCUUAGAGACAUUACAGGAGCACAACGAAUUUACUGAAUACAUUUUCAAGAUUACUGUCAAUCAGAGCUUUAUCCCACUUAUGUACGUAAUACUCAUUUUAUAUUUUUAUUACGUUUGUUUUGCAAUAAAUCUACUUUUAUUUUUAAUAA